AUGUUAGAAGAACAAGAUCAGUUUAAGUCAAUGUUAGAAGAACAAGAUCAGGUCAAGUCAAUGUUAGAAGAACAAGAUCAGGUCAAGUCAAUGUUAGAAGAACAAGAACAGUUCAAGUCAAUGUUAGAAGAACAAGAUCAGUUUAAUUCAAUAAGAACAAGAUCAGGUCAAGUCAAUGUUAGAAGAACAAGAUCAGUUCAAGUCAAUGUUAGAAGAACAAGAUCAGUUUAA